AUGUUCAAUACCUGCCGCACAAAGAAGCUGAAGCAGCUGAAGCUGAAGCUGAAGCUGAAGGAAGCCAUCUGUUUGGAGCUGGCCACCUCUGAGACAACAGUGGCCAACCAGGCACCACAGGAGUGGAAAGCUGUGGCUGGACUAGUCAAAGCUCUUGAACCAAUUGCAUCGGCGACCAAAGAUCUUAGUGGCCACAAAUAUGCAACUUUGUCAUCAGUGGUACCGCUUUUGUAUGGAACACAGAUGGUUCUGAAAGACUGUAUUGCAGCCGAUGAUGACACCUCAGAGUUUGCUAGAAAUUUCCUGAAAAGCAUGAGGACAAGGUUUCCAGGGCAGGACGAGCAAAAGAAGUAUGUGCUGGCAACCGCCUGUGACCCAAGGUUUAAGAACCUCUUCUGUACUGAAACAUUCCAGGAAACAAGGCUUUUGGAGCUUGCAAGAACUGAGUUGCAGCAGCUCCCUCCAGAAGAAGAAUCAAGUGACUGUGUCGAAGCGUCGACAUCUACAGCUCACAAGGAGCGUGUCAGCAGCAUCUGGAACAGCAUUGAGAAGCUGGCAGUGUCAUCAGAAAGAAGACACUGCACUGAAACAGCCAACAUCAAGGAGUUUAAGCGGUACCUUCGAGAGCCCACUUGCCGCAGGGACCAAGACCCUCUAGCAUGGUGGAAAGAAACAGGCAAGCAGCAUUUCCCAGAAUUGUGCAAGAUGGCGAUGAAAGACAUGGGCAUUCCCGCAACAAGUGUACCAAGUGAAAAGUUGUUUUCAACGGCUGGUAACAUUGUUACGGCCCGGAGGGAGAAGUUGACCUCAGAUCACGUACAACAGCUGCUUUUUUUGCAUGAGAAUUUGUAA